UCCGUCUACGCAGUACGAAAUGAUUGCCUUGUUGCUUUAAUGGAAAUUACUUUCUUGCAGUUGCAUUUUGUCUUCCGUCGCGUUCGUAUGAUGUACUUGACGUUUGUCCGCUAUGUAAUUAGAUGCCGCCCUCCGUAGUGAAGCAGCUACUGCGAAUUAAGACGCGAGACAUACCUGCGUCAUGGGAUCAAAGGAUCAUGUCCUUUUUUAGUGUCAAAAUAUUCUUUCCGUCGCAUCGUCGUCUGAUUUACAUAUAUUUCUUUCGAUCAUGAGUAUUGCUUAGAGGCACUUUUGUCUAGAGGAUUUCCCAGAUAAGAUAAUAGUUUAUUGCACGAGGCUUACAGUUUAUAGGCAGUGCAUAUAGUCUUACAUCUACUACAAUUUACUCUAUGAGUGAAAUUUGAUUGUGAACUACUUCAUUGUUAUACUGACUUUUACAUUUGAAAUUAUUGGUUACAAUUUUACUGACAUCAUUAUAACCAUUAAAUAGCUUUUAUUAUUCACAUUUGUUUUUAAUUGGUUUGAUUUACACUAUCAACAUGUUCUCUUUGGUGUAUCAAAAACUGGUAGAAAAGUUAUUAAAUGAUACACAGAAACAAAACACAAAAAAAAACAAUGCACUGGAACAUAAAUCAAUUAAACAGAAUAAUACUUUUAGAGUAGAUAAACAAAUAUCUGUGACAAAUUCCCAAAAUAUUGAUUUAUUAAAUCAAAUUAAAUCUUUGCAAUGCUUAUUUACAUGGGAAGUGAAAUCGCAAAGAAAUCAAGAUAUGAUUAUAUAUAUUAAAAACAAAUAUGGUAAUGUAAAUUUAGAUAUUUCAUUGCCAGAAUUUACAUUUACAAGGUUUAUUGGUAAUUUAAUUAUUAGUCAUGAAUUAUAUCUUAAUGGUGAAUUGAAUGCAAGUGACAUGAAGAUUUUAGAAAUUGAUAAAUGGCUUGACCAGUUAGAUAAAACUACAGAUGAGUUUUAUUUAUCUAUAAAUAUUGCCUUGAAACAUAUUAGAGCUGCUAACUUCAUUCAUAUGUUAUUUGACACAAACGAAAUCACAGGAUUUAAUAUGUUAUUGGAUGAAAUUGUUCCAUUUGAAAUCAUGGAUGAUAAAUUAAAAGCUGUUGUGCAUAUCAUACAUGCUGCUAUAUUAAUGGAGUAUGGUAUUAAUCAAGAAUGUUAUAAAUAUGCUCAAAUAGCAUGUAACUUGGAUCCUAAUACUUCUCAUUGGUGGCAUAUACAUGCAUGUGUAUUGACAAAGAGACAGUUUUUAUUUAGAAAAAAGCUGAGUCUUAAUACUAAAAUUAUUGAGACUGUUAAAAGAGCAGUGAUGACUUCAGACAAAAUAAAUACUUCUGUUGAUUCAUUUGUUUUAAUUACUUUAAAUGAAGUUGUGAAAAAUGAAUUUCAAAUAUCAGAUUUUGAAUCAAUUAAUUAUUCUGAAUACACUAAUACAAAUUAUGCAGAUUUAAGUUUAAAAACCAUAAUGGAGACUUUAGUGAAGAGACAUAAAAAUGGUGAAGAUGUACUACCUGAUUUAAAUGAUUUAAUUUUAAAAUUUAAACAUGAUAAAUGGAAAAUUAUCGUAGACAUUUGUUCAUAUACUGUUCUAUUCAGAAACAACUUCAGAUUUGGUAUUGAACUCUUCUUAAUGUUGAUUAAGGAACCAAACUUACCCAUUAAAAAUUACAUUAAAUACCACAACUCAAUAUUCAUUGACAACUCAAAGAUAUUUAAUUUAGCAGAAUUGAUAUGGAUUGAGAUCAUAUUAACUAUAUCAAAUUCAAGAGAUAUUUCUUCUGAGGAUAUUUUAUUUUACUAUAAAGUAUUUAUUGAAAUGAAAGUAAUAUAUAAUUUAAAAAUGAGAGUUUUUAAUCCAUGUAUGAGAGUUGAUCUUAUUGGUUAUAAAAAUAAGAAAUUGGUCAUUAAAAAUAAAAAUAUAAUAAAAGAUAAUAUUAAAAGUAAUUUUCAAAUGCAAGUAGGAUUAAAAAAAUAUUGUAAAUCUGAAGAAUCUAAAAAUAAAGUAGCUGCUGAUUCACAACAAUCAUAUAAUUUGUCUAACGAAUUUCAAUAUUUGAAUACUACAUUUAAUUAUUUUGGACACUAUGAAUGUUUACCAUCUUCAUCAGUAAUUGAAUAUAAAAUUAAUUUAUUUUUUCAAUCAAUAAUUGAAUUGAAUAGUUCAACUACAUCCAAAAUCAUAUUAACAGACAUAGACACCAGUUUAACAGUAUUUCCUAGAAGCCAUACUUCUCCAGAAAUAUAUAAAUACAAUCUCCAAAUUAUAUUAAACAAACAUCCUAAUGGCUUUAGAAUUUAUACUGAUGCAUCAAGGAUUCAAAAUAAUGUUGGAAUUGCUAUUGUAUCUAUUAAGAAUUGUUAUAGCUAUAAACUGUCAUCAGAAUACUCGUCAUCUGAAGCUGAAGCAGUAGCUAUUUUGAGAGCCCUUGACUAUGCCUUAACUGAAAAUAUGAAUGAGUAUAUUAUUCUUAGUGAUUCAUUAAGUACCAUUAUGUGUAUUCAAAACAAAAAUAUAAAUUCUGAUGUAAUUAAUAGUAUCUUAUGCUUAAUACAUGCUCACCAGUUAAAACAAAAUGUAAUACAUUUUGUCUGGAUUCCUAGUCAUAAAAUGAUUGAAGGCAAUGACAAAGCUGAUAAACUUGCAAAAGAAAUAGCUGUAUCAAGUACUGCAAUAACUUAUACUCAUAAUUCGUAUGUGGCAAACAAUUUACCUUCAAAUUAAAAUAUAUAAAAUACCUUAAAUAUUAACCUAUAGGUUAAAUAUUUAACAUAAAAAUGUAUCUUUAGCAAGAAUUAUGUUUAUUAAAAAGAUAAAGACAUACUAGGAAGAUAGAGGGACCAUUUAUUGUUUGUUAAAUAAUGUCCUUUUCAAUAAAUAUUAUAAUCAGUAGAUAAUUUUAUUGUAAGAAUUAUAUUUACUACUAUGUAUAAUCAAUACAACUAAACCAUUACUAAAUAUGUUUAGUUAAAUAUUUUGGUAUAUUUAAAUAUAUAUUAUAAAUCAUAAUGUACAUUAUUAAAAAUAAAAAAUUAUAACUUAAAAGUGAGCCACUUU